ACAACACAGGAAGAGCGUGUGCGUCUGUCGGUAAAACAAAUAAAUAGCAGCUUCGUGGUGUCCGAGCGCUUAGUCCUGGACAUGCAUUAUCAACUAACAGAGUUUAUUUGAAUGCUGACGUCAUGGUUUCGCUCUCAGGCCUGAACGACUCCGUGCUGUUAAACGCAAACGUUGCGGCUUUAAUAAUAAUCGCGUUGGCGCUGGUUGCUCUUUAUCAAAAACAGCGGAAUUUAAGAUAUAAAAACAUUCCGCCAGGUCCGAAGCCAUGGCCAGUGGUCGGAAACUUCGGCGGCUUUCUCGUACCGUCUUGUAUCCUCAGAAAACGGAUCAUAAACCCCACUGAUGGUUUGGCAGAAUUGGCUAAAGAUUAUGGUAACAUAUACAGUCUUUUUGUAGGGAGUCAACUUAUGGUGGUUCUCAAUGGCUAUGAAGCGGUCAGGGAUGCCCUCUCAAACCAUCCGGAGGUGUUCUCCGACAGGCCAGACAUCCCUACCGUCACUAUCCUGACUAAGCGCAAAGGGAUCGUUUUUGCACCUUACGGGCCAGUAUGGCGAAAGCAGCGCAAGUUCUGCCACACCACACUCCGCAGCUUUGGUCUGGGGAAGCUAAGUCUGGAGCCUUGCAUCAAGGAAGGCCUUGCUACAAUCAAAACAGAGCUGCUGCGGCUGAAUGAGGAGUGUGGUGGCGCUGGUGUGGACCCAAGUCCACUGAUUGGCAACGCUGUGUCAAACGUCAUUUGCACACUGAUCCUGGGUCAGCGUUUCCAUCACGAGGAUCGCGAGUUCCGCACCAUGCUGGACCUGAUGGCGCGAGGGCUGGAGAUCUGCAUGAACAGCCCGGCAGUCCUCAUUAACGUUUUCCCGUUGUUCUACUGGUUGCCUUUUGGAGUUUUCAGAGAGUUGCGUCAGGUGGAAAGAGACAUCACUGUGUUUCUUAAGAGGAUUAUUACAAAGCACCGUGCAACACUAGAUGCCGACAAUCCAAGGGAUCUCACAGACAUGUACUUGAUGGAGAUGCGGGCCCAGCAAGAUGCUAGAGAGGAGGACAGCAGCUUCACAGAGGAUUAUCUCUUUUAUAUCAUAGGAGACCUCUUCAUUGCUGGCACUGACACCACCACCAAUUCGGUUUUGUGGACUCUGCUUUAUAUGGUCAUAUACCCUGAUAUCCAAGACAAGGUCCAGGCAGAGAUUGAUGAAGUAGUGGGCAAACAUCGGGUGCCGUCUCUGACUGAUAAGGGAAGUUUGCCUUUUACUGAAGCCACCAUCAUGGAAGUGCAGAGAAUGACUGUGGCCGUUCCCCUGGCUAUUCCUCACAUGGCCUCAGAAACAACAGAGUUUAGAGGCUACACUAUUCCUAAAGGAACUGUCAUUUUGCCCAACCUGUGGUCUGUCCAUAGAGAUCCCACUGUGUGGGAUGAUGCAGACAGUUUCAACCCAGAACGCUUCUUGGACAAUGAGGGAAAGCUGCUCAGGAAAGAGUGCUUCAUACCAUUUGGGAUUGGUCGCAGGGUAUGCAUGGGUGAACAGCUGGCAAAGAUGGAGCUGUUUCUGACGGUCACCAGCUUACUGCAGGCCUUCAAAUUCAGGCUUCCAGAGGGAAAGCGUCCACCUCCCCUGCACGGACGGUUCGGACUGACACUGGCACCUUGCCCAUUCACUGUGUGCGUGACUGCUCGCAACAGCGAAACUGACGUCCUGUAACAAGGAAACUGAUGAAGGACUUUACAAAAAGUAGAAAACAUUUUGAUCUUAUUCUCCUGGAGAAACCUGAAUAUUUAGGAAGUUUAUAGACAUAUUUUUUUAUUAGAGAAGGAUUCUCCUGUUUGACUGAAAUCCCAGAUAAUUUAUUUUUUCAUUACCAUCUGGAUUAUGCGGAUGAUUUAAGCUGUUGCUGAGUGAACAGAAAUUUGAAAAGUAAUAACUGAUAUUGAGACUGCAGUACUAAGUGAUGGCUUACCUCAUUACUCAUACCUCAAACAUAUAAAUAAGGUCAGUAUUGCCAGAUGACUCUAAUUUUAAUAGUUAUAAGAUAAUAACAGUAUUAAUAUUUAUCUUUUUAUUGUAUGAUUUGAUUUGCUUCAUAGAAAUUAGCAAGCAUAAAGCAAUGUGCAAAAGUCUUGAGCCACCCCCCAUUUCAUUAUAUUUUGGUAGGGAAAUGGAUGCAGAGAUUUAAUGAAAUAUGUAAAAAUAAAGUACAUGGAACAGCUGUUUAUAUGUAAUAAUGUAAUGUAAUUUGUACACUUCUAGCAUCCUUGAAAGUCAAUAAUUGACAGGACCACAUUUAUUCUUCAACACAGUCUGAACUCUCUUUGGCAGCUUUCUUGUUAUUUCUUUAAGUAGUCUUCACCAGUCUUCUCCAGGCCCCUUGAACGACAUUCAGAGCUCUUCUUUGGAUGUUUUUGCCUUUUGUUCCAUUCUCUGUAAAGUUGUACAUCUCUUUCGACAACCUCGUAUUGGUGAUGGUUUGAACUAAAUAUUUCAGAUUUGUUGCCACUGAUUUCCAGUCCAGUUCUUGUGUGAUUUGUGAUACGUGAGCCUGUUUCCUUUGUUUCUAUUUCGUAAGAAUGGCUUCUCGACAACCAGCAUUCCACUGAGAACAUUUCUGAUGAGACUAUGGCAAACAGUGGAUGAAAUAACUGAUGUGCCGCAUCCAUCUCUCAGGUCCUGUGUCAGGUCUUAGCUGGAUUUGUUUCCUAGUUCUUAAAAACAUGACUUUCAGAUACUGUUCAUCAGAUGUUUUUAGACCUGCUGCUUUAUCGUUUGUCCUCAGUGUGUUCAUUUGCCUUAUUUUGUUUUUAAGAACACACUGCACACCAUGCUAAGAUAUGUCAAAUUUUAAGCUGAUGGCUCUUUGGGAAUCACCUUAUUGAUGGAAAAUAGUAUUUCUAAUGUCUGUCAAACUCUUUUACCUUUUCAAUUUUUCAUAGAUUCAGCUAAAGAAAUGUGAAAAAAUUAUGUAUUGUUAGUAACAAAGUGCCUAAACUUAGGAGAGAACCAAUUUAAAAUGUCUUUGUAAUAAGUCGUCUAUUACAUGUAGCUAGAUCACUGGUUCGUUGAAUAAGUUAGAUGCUGUCUUUUAUAAUUUAAUGAUACAUAGGUGAGUGUUAGGUGGCUUAACAAACAAAGAAAAACACACAUUCCACUGAAAAAGGUCGGGUAUAGGAACUGUUUGCUUGAAAACCACAAACUCUAGCUCCUUGGAAGCAAAAUACAAAGAAAAGAGGGCUGCCUCAAGACUUUUGCAAUGUAUUGUAUUUAUCUAAAUAAUUAUUAAAAGAAAUACUGUUUUAUUUUUGUUGCAAUGUUUUGAAAAAUCUUAAGAACAAAUCAUGAAACAUAUGAUAUAUUACAAUGUUUAAGUAAAUAAUGUCAUCAUUCACAUGAACGAAUGACAGAUGCACUUAAUAAAGGACAAGACAACGGUA